AAGCAUAGAUCCAACGCAUCAAAAACUCAGAUGUUUCUGGGAAUAUCAUCACUUAACGUGCUAAUAACUCAUUAAAAAAUGAAGUCACGGUGGACACUGUACGUGGCACUUUUUCUGGUCACAAUUUUUGAAUUUGAAUGUGUGGCAGAAGAUGCAAAUGAGCUUCUUGAUGCUGCCCAUGAAGGUUUAGCAGAUAGUAUCAAGCCAUGCCUUGAAAAAGGAAUUGAUAUCAAUGUACGCAAUAAGCAAGGAGAAACGGCACUAAUUAUAGCUGCCAAAAGCGGACAUACAAAUUUCGUAAAGGUUCUUCUUGAAAACAAAGCUGAUGUUAACAUACUAUCAAAAAACAUUUGGUCUGCAUUGCAUAUUGCUGCAUACGGCAAUUAUCCUGAUAUCGUUAAGAUGCUCCUUGAUCACGGUGCUGAUGUUAAUGCAAGGAACGAGUGGGGAUGGACAGCAUUCCAUCUUAUGUCUAUUCGGGGUCUUGACGCUGCGAUCAAAAGACUUCUUGAUAAUGGAUUCGAUAUUAAUUUAAAAACAAACAACACCCCACCGACUUCAGAAUGGACACCUUUAUACGCAGCAGCAGCGUAUGAUCAAAUGGGCAUUGUGAAAUUUCUUAUCUUUAAUGGAGCUGAUGUUAAUGCAACAAAUCACGAAGGAAAAACUGCAAGAGACAUCGCUAAAGAUAAAGCUGCAUUUGAUCAUAUAAUCGCAGUGAAAGAGUUUUUUGAUGCAGCUGAAGGAGGCUUACAGGAUAAGAUUAAGCCCCUUAUUGAAAAGGGAGUAAAUAUUAAUGAAGAGAACAACAAUGGCGAUACUGCGUUAAUAAUAUCUAGCAGACUUGGACAUUACUCAUUCGUUAAAGUACUUCUAAAUAACAAUGCUGGUGUUAAUUUAGUGCAUAAUAAUAAAUGGCAAUCGGCAUUGCACUCUGCAUCAUAUGCUAUGAAAGAAGAUAUCGUUAAAUUACUCCUUGAUCAUGGUGCUCAUGCAAAUGCAAUGGACGCCGAAGGAUUGUCGCCAUUCCAUAUUAUGGCUAGUAAAGGUCUUAACCAUGCAAUCCGAAAGGUUCUUGAUAAUUGGUUCAAUAUUAAUUUAAAAACAACCGAUGCGAAUGGAUGGACGCCUCUACAUUGUGCUGUUGUAGCUAAUCAAUCUGAUACCGUCAAACUUCUCAUUUUUCGUGGAGCUGAUGUUAAUAUUAAAUCAAAAGAUGGAAAAACACCAAAAGACAUUGCCACAGAUAAAGGUGAAAUUGACUCUAUGAUCCACGAUAAAGAUGUUCUUUUGAAGAAGUUCUUUAAUGCCGCCGAAAAAGGAUUAAAGGAUGAGAUCUAUGGAAUACUCGAACAGGGAAUAAAUGUUAAUGAACAAAACGGCGAUGGCGAUACUGCGUUAAUUAUUGCUAGCAGACAUGGACAUGCGAAAGUUGCUAAGAUUCUUCUGGAAAAUUUGGCUAAUGCUAAUUUAGUAAAUAAAGAUCAUUGGACGCCAUUGCAUGUUGCUGCACUCGGCAAGCAUGAAGAGAUCGUUCUGAUGCUUCUUCAGCAUCAUGCUGACGCUAAUAUUAGAAACGAUUGGGGAGAGACGCCAUUCAAUAUUAUUGCAUAUCAAGGUUUAGAUAAGGCCGUUAUCAGGCUUCUUCAUUUGGGAUACGAUGUUAACGUAAAGACCAUCAAAAAUUCAAGAUUUAAUCUUUAUGAUUGUACUCCGUUACAUGCAGCUGCCAGUCAUAAGUGUAGUAGUACUGUAAAAAUUCUCAUCUUUAAUGGAGCCGAUGUUAAUAUAAAAAAUAAUUUUGGAUUAACUCCAAGAGAGUUCGCAAAACAGAGGGGUCACUACUUUUUUUUGGAUAAAUUUGAUGAUAUUGUUAAAGAGAGAGAUGAGAUUUUUGUGGCAGCCAAACAAGGACUGACGGAUAAGAUUAAAACAUUCAUCAAAAAGGGAAUAAAUAUUAAUGUACAAAAUAACGAUGGAGACACGCCACUUAUUAUAGCCAGCCGACACGGACACACUGAGUUUGUUAAAGUACUUCUGAAAGACAAGGCUAAAGUUAAUUUAGUAAAUAGGGAUAAUUGGUCAGCCCUUCAUUGUGCUGCACUCGGCAAGCAUGAAGAGAUCGUUCUGAUGCUUCUUGAUCACCAUGCUGAUGCUCAUAUUCGGAACGAUUGGGGAGAGACGCCUUUAAAUAUUUUUGCAUAUCAAGGUUUAGAUAAGGCCGUUAUCAGGCUUCUUCAUUUGGGAUAUGAUGUUAACGUAAAGACCAUCAGAAAUUCAAGAUUUAAUCUUUAUGAUUGUACUCCCUUACAUGCAGCUGCCACUCAUAAUCAUAUGAGUACUGCAAAAAUUCUCAUCUUAAAUGGAGCCGAUAUUGAUGUAAAAAAUAAUUAUGGAUUAACUCCAAAAGAGUUUGCCAUAAAGAAGGGUCACUCUAUGGCUGAAUUUGAUCACAUAGUCGAAGAAAGAGAUAAAGCUUUGAAGCUCUUGGCAGCAUCCAGAAAAGGUGAUAUAAAUGAAGUUAAUAGGCUUAUUGAUGAAGGUGCUGAAGUCAACGUAAGAGAUGUAAAGGGGAAAACACCGCUUUGUCAAGCAAUCAUAAAUGCGCAUGAGGAAAUUGCGAUGAUUAUCCUUAACAAGGGAGCAGACUUUCGUCAUCAAAAAUUGGAAGGAGGAAAAUCAAUAAUAAUAGAGGCAGUGCUCAAAGGCAUGACAAAUGUGGUCGAAAAGCUUCUUGAUAAAAAAGCUGACGUUAAUAAAUUUGAUAAUCGAGGUUAUAGUGCACUUCAUUAUGCUUGUAAACUUGGUAAAAUGGAUAUCGCUACAUCGCUCAUUCGUCAUGGAGCUGAUGUUAAGGCAAAAAAUCAUGUUGGACACGUUCCAGGAGAUCUGAUUAAAAAUGCAGAAGUGCGGGAACAGUAUGAGAAAAUUAUAAGUGCGAAUGGAGCAAAUACGAGCGAGCAUUAAAUAAUUGGUUUUUGAAAGUUUUUGCAGAUGUCAAGCGAAAACACACCCUUGACCUAUGCAUAAUAUAAGAAUAUUCAGUAAUUGAAAAGUAAAAAUAAAAAAAGAUUACCAAUACCGAAA